UGCCGGGGCUUCAGCACGCGCGGGGGGGAAGAUGGCGGCGGCGGCGGCCGGCGGGGUGCGGGGGCGGCGCAGCGGGCACCACCGGCUCUGACCGGGCCGCUCCACGGCGAGGCGGGCAGGGCGCCCGCAGGCCUUCACGGGGCAGAGCGCCGGCCGGCCGGGGAGGAGGCAGAGCCCCCCUUGGGGGGGGCGGUGCGGAAGGCGGGGGCGCUGCCGGCAACCCGGCCGUGAGGGGCAGCGCGGGCGGCGGGGGCGAGGGCGGGAGCCGGGCCGGAGGGGGGGGGAGGGCGAGGGGCCGGGCCGAGGAGGGGCAGGGGCGGCGGCGGCGGCUGAGGCGAGCCGGCCGGCGGGCAGGGGAAGGCUGGCUCCCUGCGGCGGGCGGUCGCAGGUCAGGAGGCGGCUGCGCCGGUGGCUCCCCGCGUUCCUGGCUCUGGGCUGCUGGGCGCCCCACGCCAUGUUCUCGGUGCUCUCCUAUGGCAGGCUGGUGGCCCGGGCAGUCCUGGGCGGCCUUUCGCAGACGGACUCCCGUGACUACAGCUUGGUGACAGCCAGCUGUGGCUUUGGCAAAGAUUUCCGCAAGGGCAUCCUGAAGAAAGGCAUGUGCUACGGGGAUGACGCCUGCUUCGUGGCCCGGCACCGGUCGGCAGAUGUGCUGGGGGUAGCAGAUGGUGUAGGUGGCUGGAGAGACUAUGGGGUCGACCCUUCUCAGUUCUCAGGGACUCUUAUGCGAACAUGUGAACGUUUAGUAAAAGAAGGACGGUUUGUACCAAGUAAUCCUGUUGGGAUUCUCACCGCAGGUUAUUGUGAGCUGCUGCAGAACAAAGUACCUUUGCUUGGAAGCAGUACAGCGUGUAUAGUAGUUCUGGACAGAACAAGUCAUCGUUUACAUACAGCCAACUUGGGAGAUUCUGGAUUUUUGGUGGUUAGAGGAGGAGAAGUAGUACAUCGAUCUGAUGAGCAACAGCAUUACUUCAACACUCCGUUCCAACUGUCAAUAGCUCCACCAGAAGCAGAAGGAGUUGUCUUAAGUGACAGCCCUGAUGCUGCCGAUAGUACUUCUUUCGAUGUCCAACUUGGGGACAUUAUUUUGACUGCAACGGAUGGGCUGUUUGACAACAUGCCUGACUACAUGAUUCUGCAGGAGUUAAAAAAGCUGAAGAACUCCAACUAUGAGAGUAUACAGCAGACUGCAAGAAGCAUUGCUGAGCAAGCUCACGAGCUGGCAUAUGAUCCCACUUACAUGUCGCCGUUUGCACAGUUUGCAUGUGACAAUGGAUUGAAUGUGAGAGGGGGAAAACCAGAUGACAUCACCGUCCUUCUGUCUAUCGUAGCCGAGUACACAGACUGAUCUGCCCGGAGCGUCGCCUUCUGACGUUUUCUUGUCCCCGAGCUCCUCGCGUCACGCGUGCGGUCUCCUGCUGGCAGGAUUGCUUCCUUCCUUCCUUCCCGGCUGAUCACAGCAGCCGGUUCUCGAGCUCGUCGCCUGUCGAGACGCAAGUGAAGUGCUUGUCAAGAACCACUCUCUGCUACACUGGUCUUCGUCUGCCAGCAAGAAAUGGAGAAGCCCAAGGCUUGAAGCAUGUCUUUCGGAGCUUUGUCGUUGUCCUUAAAAGGGGGAGGAUCGAUCCCGCGUCGUUAACUGCGUUUGAAAUGUGACUUACUUUCCAAGGAGUAGAAUUGGUUUAUCACCUUUCAAACUAGAUUCAAUAGAUAAAACCUCUACAAGAGGGCAUAUUACUCUAUUUACUAGAAACAUUCACUAUUCAUUAAAGGGUAUGUUACAGAACACAGUUUCAUAAGCAUAGUCUUGUUAACAGUGAUAGCUGAGGUUUCGUGUUUCUAAGCUCCAGUUUUCAGGAGAUUUAUAACUGCUGUAAACAUUCUGCUCUUGCCAUCCAUGGUGUCGGCCUAGGAGCCUUUUCUAGUACCGAAUUUCAAAAAAGAAAAUCAUACUUAGUUCAAGUUAUAUGGAUGCAAAUGUGUUUGUGAUUUCAGGUGCUUAACUGUGAUCUUAAAAGUUCUGCAGAUCAUUCGUCCAUAAUGGGCCUGGUAUCUGGAUGUUUUGGCUGUGGAUAUUUUUAUUUUUAUUUUUUUUUUUAAAACAAAAAUUUUACCUCGGUCUCAAAUGGCCGAGCUGGCCAAAGUUGAGGUCCUUUCAGCAUUUUAACCCAUCUCGCCUGCGCGGGGCGAUAGGGCAGAAAUGCCGCAGCAGGAGGUUGCACAAAGAACAGAUCAUCCUCGACUCCAAACGUCUUCGCUUUCGGUAGAUAAUUCUGUUGUUAAGGAAACAUAAUUUGUGUUAAUAAUUGCCACUCUCGCUUGUGUAGGACAGAGUCUGCUGCACCAGUUGAAGUCCAGUUGAUCCUUAUCUUCCUGACUCUCAAACAAGCACCUCUUUGCUUACGCUGUGGCAGCAGCAGCAAGUACGGAAAUCAAAACUACUCAUGAAUAAUCAGCAAAACUUUACAUUUCAGUAACUAAAGUUUAGGGGUUUCGGAAUGAACCUUAACGAUGUUUACAGGUAUCUAACAGCCACUUUGCAAUAUUACAUUUCCUUUUGAAUUACAGUAGCUCACGUUUGUCCCCCCCGUUCCAGCGAGCUUUCCUUUUCUUUUCCUGAGGUUCAUACAAAAAGCUGAUAGCUGUAAAGAUAUAUAUAUUUUUGGUCAGUUUUUCAUUAACUUUUUUGCUGGUAGAAAAGUAUGUAGAAAUAAAUUAAAGCCAUGUUUUUAUAUAUGAAAAGUCGGGUAAUGUUGCUGUUUAGGUGAGUGCAGUUAAACUUGGUCAGUAAGUAAUCUUACCUGCUCUCAAGAGGAGAUUUUUACGACCUGGUUUAUUGUAUUAAAACUGUUUAAGUUUGAGGUUACCUCAACUUGUUUAAAGAAUUUUUGUGGACUUGUACUGUAUAUUUGCGUAACUAUGUCAAGCUUUUAUUUAAGAUCAUUUAACAUGUACCAUGUACAUGUCAUUUUACUAUAUUUCAAUGCAUCAUGCUUGUAACAGGCAUUUCAUUUAUAAUAAGAAGAAGUGAUUAAUUUGGAAGCUCUUUGGUAAUUUAUCUGCUAUUCCUAAAUUGGCAUAACGUUAGCUAUCUAUUUUAAAUCACCUUGUAAUUACUUGUCAAAAUGCCUUAACUGCCCUAACUUGACCAAAAUACUAUUUUGGUGAGGGUAUGGGGAGGAUUAUAUUAAUGAAGACGACUCAAUUAGUUUUGCCAUCCAUAGAACAGUGAGCGGUGGAUAACUUUGCACAAAUUGUCAGUCCUUGUUGGGGUUUUUCUGUUGGUUUUUUUUUUUUUUUUUUUUUAAAUUGAACAAGCUGUGUCUCGCUGUCUCGUUAGGAGGAAUGUAUUCACGCUGCAGUACAGGGCUUUGUUUCUAGCAUUUGGGAGGGGGGGGUCUCUCAAAUCUGGGUGUCUUGACAUUUUAUUCUCCAGUAUUUACCCUCAGCUUCUCCAUUAGAGCGGAUUUGAUCAAUUCUUAUUUCCCUUGAACUUACCUUAAAGGCUGCCCCUGUGGAGCUGGACUGCGUUGCACUCUGACCCCUCGCUCUCGGCACCUUCAUCCCCAGCCCUCGUUAUUUCUGCCCCCACCAAUUUCUCGAACUCCUUGUUGGGAGCCGGGGGGGGGUCAGAGGGUGAGUCUGGGGAAGGUGCUGCCUCUGCUGGGCCGGGCUCCGGCGUCCCCGCGGGGAGAGGCCGAGGCCGGACUCUGCUGCCCGGCCUGAGGCCACGCUGACGCCGCUCUUGGCCGAGCAGUAGCUCCAAAGCCAUUUGCCUCAUAACACACCCUGAUGAUUACUUUUUUCUUUUUUUGAUAAAGAACAAAUUUGGAUUUUGAUUUACGAAUCAUGAGUUUAUCCCUCACUGGACACACCAAAGACCAGUAAAGCGUAUAGCUUUUCCAUCUGUUUAUAAAGCAAUACUGUAUUAUAAAGAAUUGAUAUUUUUAUCACAUGCUUGAUUGUUUUUGGUUGUUUGGGUUUUUUUUGUUUUGUUUUGUUUUGUUUUUUUUUAAGAUGUGCACUCUAAACAUAUCAAACCUAAUUUCUUCCUAUGAACUUAAGCUGUCUGCGCACAACAGAUUUUUUGGAAAAGGAAAUGACAGGGCCCAUACUAUCAAAAUAAUUUUAAGCGAUGCAUGAAGCAGUAACACUUCCUAGGAAUUAGAUUAUUGUGACUAUUCACGAGAGGAACGUC